UAUCUGAUCCUCUUACUAAUUUAUUGGUUGGGGUGGGGUGAGCAGGGAGGAAAAGGGAUACCUUGGUUUUUCUUUUAUGGCUCUUUUAGCAUCUCAAGUCAUAGCCCAUAUGCCUCCUUUCUUGUUGAUCCUUCUUCCUAUAGCUUUGUUUUGUUUCCCCUUAUAGUUCCCUCUUAUGCUUUUCAUCUCCAUCCCCAUCCCCACCCACUGCCAGGGGGCUUGGGUUCUGAGCUGAUGGGGUACCCCCCUCUGCAGAGCGGGAUGAGUGGGUGUUCCGGCAGGGAUGUGGUCAUUGACGGCCAGUGAGGGCGAGAGUACCACUGCCCACUUCUUCCUUGGAGCUGGAGAUGAGGGGCUGGGCACCCGUGGAAUAGGCAUGAGGCCAGAAGAGAGUGACAGCGAGCUCCUUGAGGACGAGGAGGAUGAAGUGCCUCCUGAACCUCAGAUCAUUGUUGGCAUCUGUGCCAUGACCAAGAAAUCCAAGUCCAAGCCAAUGACUCAAAUCCUAGAGCGACUCUGCAGAUUUGACUACCUGACUGUUAUCAUUCUGGGAGAAGAUGUAAUCCUUAAUGAACCUGUGGAAAACUGGCCAUCCUGCCACUGUCUCAUCUCUUUCCACUCCAAAGGCUUCCCUCUGGACAAAGCUGUUGCUUACUCCAAGCUUCGAAACCCCUUUCUUAUCAAUGAUCUGGCCAUGCAGUAUUACAUCCAAGAUAGGAGGGAGGUGUACCGGAUCCUGCAGGAAGAGGGUAUUGAUCUGCCUCGAUAUGCUGUGCUCAACCGUGAUCCUGCCCGGCCUGAUGAAUGCAACCUGAUAGAAGGUGAAGACCAAGUAGAGGUCAAUGGAGCUGUCUUUCCCAAGCCCUUCGUGGAGAAGCCAGUGAGUGCAGAAGACCACAAUGUUUACAUCUACUACCCCAGCUCAGCUGGAGGAGGAAGCCAGCGUCUCUUUCGUAAGAUUGGCAGCCGAAGCAGUGUUUACUCUCCUGAGAGCAGCGUCCGAAAGACGGGGUCGUACAUCUAUGAGGAAUUUAUGCCAACAGAUGGCACAGAUGUCAAGGUGUAUACAGUGGGGCCAGAUUAUGCCCAUGCUGAAGCUAGAAAGUCUCCAGCUUUGGAUGGGAAGGUUGAACGAGACAGUGAGGGGAAAGAGAUUCGAUAUCCAGUCAUGCUGACUGCCAUGGAAAAGCUGGUGGCCAGGAAAGUCUGCGUAGCUUUCAAGCAAACAGUUUGUGGGUUUGACCUUCUUCGUGCCAAUGGUCAUUCCUUUGUGUGCGAUGUCAAUGGUUUUAGUUUUGUCAAGAACUCGAUGAAAUACUAUGAUGACUGUGCCAAGAUUUUGGGGAAUACCAUAAUGCGGGAGCUUGCCCCACAGUUCCAGAUUCCGUGGUCCAUCCCCACAGAGGCUGAGGACAUUCCCAUUGUUCCUACCACAUCUGGCACUAUGAUGGAACUUCGUUGUGUCAUUGCAAUUAUUCGUCAUGGGGAUCGUACUCCCAAGCAGAAGAUGAAGAUGGAAGUGAAACACCCAAGGUUUUUUGCUCUGUUUGAAAAACAUGGUGGCUACAAGACAGGGAAAUUAAAACUCAAGCGACCUGAGCAGCUCCAGGAGGUGCUGGAUAUCACAAGGCUGUUGUUGGCUGAACUGGAGAAAGAACCAGGUGGUGAAAUCGAGGAGAAGACUGGAAAACUAGAACAGCUGAAGUCUGUAUUGGAGAUGUAUGGUCACUUCUCAGGUAUAAACCGGAAGGUACAAUUGACUUACUACCCUCAUGGAAUAAAAGCUUCUAAUGAGGGGCAAGAUCCACAGAGGGAGGCUCUGGCCCCAUCCCUGUUGCUGGUGCUGAAGUGGAAUGGAGAACUGACUCUAGCUGGCCCUGUUCAGACUGAGAAGCUGGGGCAAGCUUUUCGCUGCAUGUACCCUGGAGGACAGAGUGACUAUGCUGGCUUCCCUGGUUGUGGACUGCUUCGUCUCCAUAGCACUUUCCACCACGACCUCAAGAUCUAUGCCUCUGAUGAGGGUCGUGUUCAGAUGACUGCUGCUGCCUUCGCAAAGGGCCUUCUGGCUCUAGAAGGGGAGCUGACACCCAUUUUAGUGUAAAUGGUGAAGAGUGCCAACAUGAAUGGGCUACUGGACAGCGAUGGGGAGUCUUUGAGCAGCUGCCAGCACCGGGUGAAGGCUCGGCUGCACCAUAUUUUACAGCAGGAUGCGCCCUUUGGCCCUGAGGACUACGACCAGCUGGCUCCCACCAGAAGUAUUUCCCUGCUCAACUCCAUGACUAUCAUCCAGAAUCCUGUGAAGGUCUGUGAUCAGGUAUUUGACCUGAUCGAAAACCUCACCCACCACAUCCGGGAACGGAUGCAGGACCCCAGGUCUGUAGACCUGCAGCUCUACCACAGUGAGACACUAGAGCUAAUGCUACAGCGUUGGAGCAAGCUAGAGCGUGACUUUCGACAGAAGAGUGGGCGCUAUGAUAUCAGUAAGAUCCCUGACAUCUAUGACUGUGUCAAGUAUGAUGUGCAGCACAAUGGGAGUCUUGGACUUCAAGGCACAGCCGAGUUGCUCCGUUUCUCUAAGGCAAUGGCUGAUGUGGUCAUUCCCCAGGAGUACAGGAUCAGCCGGGAGGAGAAACUGGAAAUUGCUGUGGGCUUCUGUCUUCCACUGUUGCGGAAGAUACUGCUUGACCUGCAGAGAACCCACGAGGAUGAGUCUGUCAACAAGCGGCAUCCCCUGUACUCCCGAGGCAUGCCCUCCCCAGGUCGCCAUGUUCGAACACGUCUCUGUUUCACCAGUGAGAGCCACGUCCGCUCCCUACUCAGUGUCUUCCAUUAUGGAGGACUUCUUGAUGAGACCCAGGAUGCACAAUGGCAGCGAGCUUUGGAUUAUCUUAGUGCCAUCUCAGAGCUUAAAUACAUGGCCCAGAUUGUCAUCGUGCUUUAUGAGGACAACACACAGGUCAUGAACAUGCAGUGCACGGGGAACCUGGACCUCAUCCCCUUGUGGGGACGGCGCUACAGGAGGUCGGGAGACCUCCCCCGGCCUUCCCCAGCCAUCGGCCUACAGCCCCGGGCUGUGUCCACCACUCACCUGGCAUCCUGCACACAGGUACUUUCUGAGACUUCAUCCUCAAGGCCUGGUGGCUACCGGCUCUUUUCAUCUUCACGGCCACCCACAGAAAUGAAGCAGAGUGGCUUAGAGCUGCUGGAUGACCAGCACCCUGUGGUCCAGUUGCUGCGCAGUUUUUCCUCUGACUGUACAGGGGGCCGGCCGGUCUCCUUGGAUGCCACACUGGCGCAUCACCUGCACCAGUGCUCCUACCACCUGCGCCUCUUCCGGAACUGGCUGCGCUCAGGCCAGGAUGAUCCCGAGUGCCUCUACGAGGUGUCUGCCGGGACUGAGAUGUAAGUGAUCAGCUGAAGGGAGAAAUUGUACACCAUGUGACGGACAAAUUACCUGACUCAAGAAAGUAGUUAUGACCAUUCUGCAGCCACUCAGUGACCUUGGCUAGAAACCAAUGGCUGUGCAGUGUGGGGUAAGAGGAAAGUAAAUAUCCUAGGGAUCCAGGACUUGUGCAUUUGGUGAAACGUCCGCUUCCACUACAAGGCUUUGGGAUGUCUAGUCUGUAGACUGGAGAAACGUUAAUACUGACUCACGCAGAAACGAUAUAGCUACACACUGAACUGGGGGAAGGGGUGGCUAAACCCUCUGCAAAUAGGAAGUGCCGCAAGAGCACUAGGGUGAGGAUGAGGCCCUGCGUGAGCGCAGCCUUCGGGUUUUCCUUCUCCCGAUCAGCACCGACUCCCCCGCUCUCGGCGAGGCGCCUCCAGCCCCCGGUAAUGAGAAAUGUGCCCGCCGCAGCAGGGGCCCACAGGAACGAAGGGCGCCGGCGCUGCGUAGGCCCAACAGUUCCCCGCGCCCUCGCCCCUGGCCCAGCCCGGCCCUUCUUCCCCCGUCCCGGCAGAGUGGCCUCAUCAGGGGGCGAAGAACUCCACGAGCACGAGGCCCGCAGAGCCCGUGUCGGAGACGCGACUCUCGAAGUUGUCGUUCGUGAGUUCUAGCAAGUCGGAGACAGCGGCGAGGCUGGCAGCGGUUAGAAGCAGCGCCACGCCCAGGAACAGCGCAAGGCGGCGAGGGCGCAUGGCGGCGAGACAUGGCCACUUACCACCAAGAAGGGCAGAUGCAGCUGCCCCGAGCUGAUGCCAUUCGUUCACGUCUCAUCGAUACUUUCUCUCUCAUCGAGCAUUUGCAAGGCUUGAGCCAAGCUGUGCCGCGGCACACUAUCAGGGAGUUACUCGAUCCUUCCCGCCAGAAGAAACUUAUGUUGGAAGAUCAACACCAGCUAGUGCGCUUCUCUAUAAAGCCUCAACGUGUAGGCCAGAUUUCACAUGCCCAGAGGCUGUUGAGCAAGCUUCAUGUGCGCUGCAGUCAGAGGCCACCUCUUUCUUUGUGGGCCGGAUGGGUCCUUGAGUGUAUCCUUUCACGUCACUCUUUUUUGUCCUGGCUGUUGAUGAUCUGCCUAAUGACUUAUUUUUGCUCCCCAAACUCCAUUUUCUCAUUCUCACCACUUAUGUUAUUACCCUUAUUAUUUCAGCUGCAUAAAUCAGAAAGAACUCCACUCUGUACAUUUCCUUAAGAGACAACAGGUCCUCUCUUCAAAAACUUCAUCAUCUUCCUGAUCUUUUUGAAUACGAUCGUAUUGAUGGUUGAAAUAGGUGAGAACUGACAUUGUGUGAAAGAAGUGAGGCCAGGCGUGGUGACUCAUGCGUGUAAUCCUGGCUAGCACUUUGGGAGGCCAAGGCAGGCGGAUUGCCUGAGCUCAGGAGUUCGAGACCAGCCUGGGCAACAUGGUGAAACCCCGUCUCUACUAAAAAAUACAAAAAAUUAGCCAGGCGUGGUGGCACACACCUGUAGUCCCAGCUACUCGGGAGGCUGAGGCAGGAGAAUUGCUUGAACCCAGGAGGCAGAGGUUUCAGUGAGCCGAGAUUGUGCCACUGCAUUUCAGCCUGGGUGACAGAGUGCAACUCUAUC